AUGAGUACAAAUAAUAAGACAGCAGAAGAUUGGAAGCUACAAGGUAAUCAGCUAUUCACAGACAAGAAGUAUCGAGAGGCAUUGAAUGCUUACUCGAAAGCACUUCAAAUCAGUCCCAACGAUCCUGUGUUCACUUCGAAUGAAUCUGCAUGCUACUACGAAUUGGGUCAAUAUCAAAAGUGUGUUGAAGCCUCUUAUCAGGUCAUUGACAAUGUGCUCAAAAACACACCCACCGAUCCAAAGCAGUUGAUUCCAAAAAAUAUAAUGCGUACCUUCAGAUCGUUGUUUGUUUCUGGUGAUCGUGAGGUCCUAACGAAACUCAUUGAAUCGCCGGGUGUGCGUGCACAGUUGGAGAGCGACUCUACUUCAGCGCCAAUGUUAAAGUCGUUCGAUCUCGAAACAAAGAAUCGUCAAAAGUCAACGAGUCGAGAAGCCUAUGAUAUUCGCGAUCUUCCUCGUUAUAUGAUCAGAAGAAACCCGUUCGAUCCAGAGUACUACGCAGUUGGACACGAUGACCCGGUCAGUGCACUCGGUGGUGGCGAAAAAAUCAAUAUCGACAAAAAGUCUGUCGUACCAAAAGACGGUAGACUCGCAAGAACAGUGGACGAUGAGAAGAUGCAGUUGACUCUCAAAAAGAAUCCGAAACUGGCUUUCUUCUACGGUGGUAUUGGUGAUGGUCGUCAUGUGCUCCUGACUUUGGCCGAUAUAAACAGACAGCUACUUCAAGACUCGGCAAGCGCAAAAGCAAAGAUACACAUCACAAUCAACGAUCUCAAUCCAACGUCACUCGCUCGUAAUCUGAUUAUCUACAUGAUAUUCUACGAUAUGGGAAAGUCGACACUGAAGGAGGUCUACUCGAAUGCAGAGCUCGGUGAGGACGCUUCGUUGCUCUACUUUAUGUAUUUUGGUGUAGCAAUGCCCGCUUGUUUACACGCGCGAUUGGUAAAGCGUAUUGGGUCGAUCUUGGAUUUGGGCAACGCUGGUAAACUUCCACAGUGGAUCUACAUUUCAAAGAGUUCGUGGCCACCCAUACGUAAUGUUCUUGCAUUCUGGCACAAGAUGAAUCACAUGACGACAGCCGACCUAUUGAGUCGCCACAGUUUGAGCAGCGACUAUAAGAUUUACGGUGGAGAAGUACAACCAAGAAACGAAGACAUGAUUAAAGCGAUGGAGAUUGGCGAGGAAAACAAGAAAUCGAUUCUACAGAAUCUCGAGGAUCCCAAGUUCCUAAAGGAGAUGUUCCCAGACAAGAGCAUGAAGGAGAUCAAGGAAAUCUUACCUCAACUGCGAGCAGACAUUGAAGCCAAAUCGCAGAACGAUUUGAAUACAGAGAUCUUACUACCACUCGAAUGCGACCAUCUCUGGACAGAAAAAACCAAGACAUUACCAGUGCCAGCACCGAUGCUUGUUGGCAAAGAGAAAACAUUCGAGCAUGAGCUUCAAAAUGAAUACCGAGUACUUCGUCAGGCUUUGUCCAAGAAAAGAGUAUUGGAUCAAAACGUCAAUGCAAACGUUUGUCAAAUAGCCAAAACCAUCGAAUCCAAGUGGAAACCAAAUAUCACAAUGGUUGAUAAAGAUUAUCCUGAUCUUAGUUAUCUUCAAUUCAAUCCAUAUUUAAAUUUCCCAACAUUCUGUGCAAUGAAAUGGCUAGGAGAACCUACAAUGGAUCAACCAAUGAUGUUUGAUUAUUUUAUUAAUGUAUAUCACAAAAGUGCAAGUGGACUUAGAAAAUUGGUAGAUUUAGGUGGUCUGAUGUUUGAGCUCAAUGAAGGAGACUUUCUCCAAGCACUUAAACAUCUCGACCAAGAUGAAGACCGUAGAAACAAACAAUUACCAACUACCUUUGACCGUCUCUUCCUGAGUAACGUACCUGAUCACACUGGUUUCCUGAUGGUUUACACUGAAGUCAUCAAAUUCCUCAAACCUGGUCCACUCAACUUCAUGCAAUAUUGUAUUCUUCUAAACACUGGUAUGUUCCAGGGCUUCGAUGAAGCGGUUCAUUCACAUACUCUUGCAAACGUCGAUUCAAUUCAAAAAUUCCUUGGUGUCAAAUGUCUGAAUUCCAAUCUUUGGGAUGAUAUUAAAUGGACACAUCUCAGAUCACCAAACGAAAAGGCUGACUUUGAAAAGCUUGCCAGUCGCGAGACACUGACACUCUGGUUACACAAAGUGUUAUUCAAUCUAUUUUUGCCAGCACCAACACCACCAAACACCCCUUACACAUUCAAUUCUCCAGACAAUAUGUGCACACUCUUUUCAAUUUUCGAAAGAUUGCUCAUUGUUGGAUAUCCAGCGCAUUGGAUCACUGGUUUCUUGGAACAAAUCCUCUCUGGUACAACAACUACUUUAGCAUGUCUCCACGAUACUCGUGUCGUUCCAGUUAAAUGUGGUGUAUCUAGUGGUAGCCCACAAAAGAAAUACACAUAUGCAUUCCAUAUGGAACUUAGAACACUUGCUUCACUCUGGCUCUCACAAUCACUAAACACCAGAAUCAAAAUACCACUUCCGGCUCCGACCGAUAUCAGAAAAUGGCAAAUCGAGGACUUUAAAUUUGCUGACGAAUUCUUUGGUAAUGUGGCAUUCAAUCCUAAAGUUCCAGUGGUCUCUGCAAUCAUCUACUAUGGUGAUCUACCUGAAAAAUACAAGUUGAAGGAUGUAGUCUCCAGCCUUCAAGAUCCAACCGAUAGCAAGUACAGAUAUAAUCUACUCGAUACUAUCAACGGCCCAGAAAUGGUUCAAGUCAUUACAGUAUUAAAGUGGUCAGAUCGUAAGAAUAGACUUAACUUCUGGAUGUCUCAAACCGAUAUAAAAGUGCUUGUCAGUAAGAAUUGCUCGAUUCUAUUGUGGCGUAAUGAUGUGUAUAGGGCAAUGACUGCUCCACAUCCAAUUAAAAAUGCUUUUAUUAUUGAAUAA